AUGGAGACGACGAAGGUAAUGAUAAACUCAGUCUUAGAGAAGAAACUUGAAGAACUCGAGUCUCUACGUGAAGCAAUAAUCACUUUCAACGAAGAUGAUCCCAACGUCUACCGGGAUAUCGAACUCCGAGUUAUCUUCGCCAAGACCCUUUUAUUGGCUGAGAUUUCAUCGCGACCGAUGGACAUGGAAGGAGAAAUUGGCAAUGAAGAAAGGCUGAAACUUGCUUGCAUGGCCAAAAGGCUAAACGAACUCGAGGAGGUUUUCAAAACCUACCAAGUGUCCGGUCAUGAUAAUGGUUCGGUGAUUGAAUCGGAAACGGAGAGUAAGAAAACUAAUGAUGGUGUUGUCGACGGUGAAACCGGUUCGGUUAACUCGUGGGUCGAAUCUUGUCCUAAUGAAGUUACUAAAACAGAGGAAGGGAAAGAAAAAGAAGAAGACGCUGAGCAGUGGCUAUUAUUUCAAGAUGCGUCAUCGGAGGAGGAGAAGAAAGAGGAUACGUUUCCGGCGGAUGCGGCGGUUAAGGAAGAGGUGGUGGUUAGAGAAGUGAAAGAGAAGGUGCGGUUGGGUUUUAGGGCUAUGGUUUGUUUCGGUUUAAUUGGUUUUGUUGGUGGGAUGGUAAGUUUAUUAGGGUAUAUUGGUGAUAGCAUGGAGGAUGAUUUUUAUCUUACCCCUACUUAG